CUUUCUUACCUUGGACUAUAAAUACCUUUUUUUUGUCUCUCUCUCUCUCUUUCUCUCUUUUUUUUUUUUUAUAUAUAUAUUUUUUUGACUACCAAACUAUACAUAUGACUGACACAGACCUUCUCCACACACUUCUUCCCAGCCGUGACCGUAGCUCUAGCAGCCCAGCCAACCCAAAUGAACGCCCUGAAAUACACAAAAAACCUUCCUACACUAGUCUUCAGGACCGAUUAACCGUUCAUGACGUACGCACACCCGACACCCCAACCACGACCAAAAAACACCAUCGUAAUAGUCUCUCAGGAUCCUUUCGACUAAGAAAACAUAUCAGCUCAGAGAAUCUAGAAGAUGGCGACAAACGCCGUAGUCUACCACCCGCGAGCAAUAGCACCACCCAUCUCGAUACUCAUGUUCUCGACACAGUCCCAGCUACAGAAACUCUUCUUGGAGGCUGUAGUCCUGCAUCUGAGAAAGCCAACAGAGACUUUCACACUCUUUUUCGAAGCGUGCCUUCUACCGAUCGUCUUGUAGAUAUAUACAAGUGCGCGAUCCACAAAGACAUAUUAAACCAAGGACACCUUUAUGUUUCUGAACACCACGUCUGCUUUAAAUCCAAUAUCUUUGGAUGGGUGACUACUCUUGUCUUGGCAUUUACUGAAAUCACAGCCAUAGAAAAGAGAAUGACGGCUCGUAUUAUUCCCAAUGGUCUUACAAUUAGCACUGUUGGCGCAGAUCAUGUGUUUGCCUCGCUUUUAUUUAGAGACGAAACUUACGAGCUCCUUAUUAAGCUUUGGAAACUUCAUCAGUCUCCGGCCGUUAUAAUUGAACAGCCAAUUCAAGAUGAAUUCGACAGAGUUUCCGAAUACGAUGAUAAUCAUGACUAUGAGGCGUCCACAGUAGUAGGAAAUAACAUAAGCACUACCACGACCAUCAGCAACGGCUACACCAACAACAACAACAACAAGGAUAUAAUUAACGGACGGAGUAUCACUUCGCCAUCUUUGGAGAACAUUAUUGCUCAGCCUCAGCCCCAAUUCCAGGUCCAAUCUCAACCCCAAUUACAGAAACACAAUCUGCUUCCAGGUGGCGGAAACGAGAACGAUAAUCACAAUAAUCAUAAUCAUAAUAAUAAUAAUAAUAAUAAUAGCGGCACUAUCUCAGCCUCUUCGGAACCCAAGGAAGUUGCUAGAUCCUUGGUAUCCGAAAAGGCAACAUCGGCUACUUCCUUUCUCUACAACCUCCUUCCUCCUUCUACACCUCUCCCAGGACCACUCCGAAACCCAACCACUACAGCUACACCUUUACCACAUACAUGCACAUGUACCACAAAGAGAGAUCCCUAUCCUAUGGUAGCACUCGAUCAUACGUUUGCUGGAACCGUUGAAACAAUGUACAGGAUCUUGUUUGACAGUGACUUUAUGAAAAAUUAUCUUGAGAAGAAAGAGAACCAGAAAGAUGUCAAGAUGGGUCAAUGGAUACAUGGUCGACGAGAUAAUGUGUAUAAGUUAUCUUCAGGUGUACAAUGUAGUUCUUCAAACCAGAUUCUACACCGACACAUGCCUACUCAUGUAGCAGUAGCAACCUCGACCCGGACACCACAAGCAUCUGUGGGAUCAAUAUUUGUAAUUAAAUCGAGAACCUGCAUUCGGCAGGUUGAUCCGCUACAGGUUCAUGUCAAGGUUACAUUCAAGACCAAGUUUAUUCCCAGUGGACUUGUUAGCUCUAUAAUUGAGAGAAACGUAAUAGAAGGUCUGACGUCAGUAUUUGGGGACCUGGCUGUUUUAUUAGAACAGCCCAAUAUCGUUCGUGGGUACACUGUUGAUCAGGACCUUUUGAAUCGGAUAGAGAACGAGAGUGAGCGGCGUCGAGUGGCAGAGAUGUCAGGACUGAGAAGGGCGGCCUAUUCUUUUGCACAUUCGGCAACUUCCUUGGUUGGAACAUGCGCGAGUCUUGUUGGAUCAGCACGUAGUCUGGAACUAAGUCUGAACAAAUCCCAACUGCUCGUACUUGCCAUGAUAUUGAUUGUCUGUUGGCAUAUCUGGCUUGCGUACCGUAUACAUGUACUUGUUGACCAGGUAAUAAUACCACCCCUGUCGAUGGAAAAUCCGGUUUCCCCCCACGAUUCUUCUCUUGAGUGGGCCCAGGAAAACCUUAAAUCGAUUGAGAAUAUGCUGAAUAUUCUUCAAAAAGAUGCUCGGGAACAGAGAGAACAAUUGAUCAACUUUGUAAAUAUUUAAAUAGUGUACCUUAGAUUCAUAAAACUUAUACAUAUACAUACAUAUACAUACGCCUUUAUUUUCUUAUAUAAAAGACAUUUUACAGAUACCCUGUAGUCAAAUCAAAUCAAAUCAAUUUUAUUUUUUAAAUAUAUAUAUAUAUACAAAUAUUAUUUUAUAUUACACCAU